AUGCCUCACGGUAGGAAGGCCCAUAAGCGUAAGCAGCAACGCGAUCCGAUGGCAUCGCUUAUGUCGUCGGCGUCGUCGUCGUCGUCGCCGCUUACCUCGUCGACUCGCGCCGCGCAACAGCCGCCCCAUUCUGCGUCCCAGUCGCUUAUGUCGUCGACUCCGGCCACUGAAACCAAUGAAAUACACCCUGGCUUGGUUCCUGUCUCCGUUCAACCUUCUCCUUUCAACAUCACCACUCACCACCCUGAGAAGGAAGCCAAAUACUGCACGUGCUCCCAUCCUGCCCCAGAUCACGACCACGACCACGAGACCGGUGAGUAA